CGUCGCUCGAGCCAUGGACAUGAGCCAACACCGCCGCCACGGCAGCGCGAGCUCCUCGCAACAACCGUCGUUCGGCAAGCGCAAGGCUGACGGGCCCGCUUCGACUCCUGACAAGCGGCGCAGGCUGCAUGCCGAGCCCGCCCUUCCUUCUGUCGCAGGCUUGCCUGCUGAUGUAUGGCAGAACGUUUUCCUUAACCUCCCCCCGCUUGCUCUUGGUCGACUGUUGCUGGUCAACCGCGCUUUUCAUACCCUCCUCACCCAAGAUGUUGAACCUGCUCCUGGUUCACGCUUUCUCAGCUCUGCAUUCAUCUGGUAUUCUGCGCGCAAGUCGUAUUUUCCUUCUCUCCCAAAGCCACUUGUAAACCACUCCGAAUUGCGCAUGUGGCAGCUCUUGUGCGGCCGCCGCUGUCAAUUCUGCGGGAAGCCAUCGCCCUCUGAGCUUGCCUUCUCCACUGCUGUGUGGGACGGCGGCCCAGGCCAUGAUGGAGUGCGCAUCAUUUGGCCCUUUGGCAUACGUAGUUGUGGCAAAUGCCUAGAGGAGCGCUCGGAAAAGGAGCAAUCGCUGCUUUUCACCUCUGCCUCUGGUCUCAUUCCUGCCCUACCCUACGUGUUCGUCACUCAACACCUUGAUGUGGUCCAUUCCAGCUCUUUGGGCUCCUCGCAAAUACCCCCCAACGUCACGAUAUCCAAAUGGUACUACCGAGAGCAAGUGCAAGACAUACAACGCGAGCUUGAAGAAGUUCGCAGUCUCGGGCCUGCAGCAGCUGAGGAAUGGUUCAAGGGCCUCGCAGGCCAGGGGAAAGGGCGAUUACAAGACGCUGAGCGUUGGGAACGUUGGGAGCGGAAAGGAGGAUAUCAGGAUUUGGCCUCGAUGCAGAGUCGUGCCGAUCCAUCCUCGUCCUUGACCGUAUCCUUGAGCGUCCAGCAUGAGCCUUACACGGGAUUGAGGCAAUUGCCCAUGAAUGGCAUACCGCGAGGCGUAUCGCGACCAGGAGCAUCUUUUGGACCCCAUUACCCUGCCACCUCCGCAGAACAGCACAAUCUUCCGCCUUACAUGUCUCCUAUUCCUAAUCAGACACCGCGACCUGAGCGCAAUAUGCGAGAUGCCAACGAGGGCAAGGCUGCACGCAAAGCUGAGAUUGAGCGGCGGUGUCAACAGGAAUUUCUCCCGCCGAUCGUGCCGAAUGUUCUCCGCCAUAUGAAGGCCUUCCAGGCUGCCUGUCAGAUUUCAGCGCCUCUGACUGACAGAGCUUGGGAAAUGCUCAAACCUCGUAUAGAGGCCCAGCGCGAUGAGGCUGAAAAGGUAGAACACGAACGUGCUGCUCAAAUGGCUGCGUUACAGGUAAAACUCGAAGAUCGCCGUCAACAGGAUGCCAACAUGAAAGAGGUGCGAGAGGUUCUCGAACGAGAGUGGGAAGAGGUCCAACGACCUGUCAGGGAUCGCCUUUCCGCCUACGCCGACGAGAUAAUUCAGCGCGACUGGAACGAAGGCCGUGCAAUUACGAAGCAGAACGCCCCGAUAUUCGCUGCAGAACUCUUGGUGGCGCUUCGCCGACGUUUCUACCUCGACCAAACCAGGGAGGAUCAAGAGGCCAUGGACAGAGGGGAGGACAUCAGAGAAGACCCGCCUACUGGGCCUCCGACUAGGCGGCUCUUGCUGGAGAACAUGAAAUGGGUAUUCGACAACAAGAUCAAGCCGCUAACUGAACAGUAUCGGAAGGAGCUCUUCGUCUGCAGUGGCGAAGGGUGCGAGGGUAAUCCGAAGAUGUAUGGCUUCGAAGGUAUCAUUCAGCAUUACGGAGCGAAGCACACGACGGCUUUCAGCGUUGGCAAUGUAGUUGUCUGUUGGAAAGAAGCUGAUUGGCCCGAUAAUCCUCCAUUUCAGCCGGAUCCUACUAAUGUUAGACAUGGAUCUUACAACGGUGGCUUGCCUGCUUCUGCCCCGGGCCCUGGACACCCUCGCCAUGGAUAUCCGCCCUAUUCUUAUGGUGGGUAUCCCCAAAGCACUGGCUCUACGUCCCAAAUGGCUGCGUUUGCUCCGCAUUCUGCCUAUUCAAGGUCAAGUCCAGGAUCCCAUGGCCACCUAGGACCCGUGACCAGUGGACCUUUUCCGCCACAGGCUCCGCCUGGUGGUUACUAUGGACAACCUGCCGGUCCUUCAAUGCCAGCUUACAGCCAUCCAGCUUCUGGUCCGUCUUAUGGAACUCCUGCUCAGCCCCAGUGGCAGGAUGGCUACAAUCCGUACGACGCCUACGGCGCCUUUCAUGCGCCGGGGCCAUCAGGGUAUGGAUUUUCCCCCCAAGCUGCAGCAUACGGGGCGUCGCGUAAUGUACCUGGCUAUGCAGAACAGCCUCAAGGACAGUUUGGCCUGCCUCCGCCGGCUGUCAGUGGACCGGGAACGUAUGGACCUUAUCAUGGUGCACCUCCCCACGAACCCUCGCCAGCCCAAACGCCUGGCUCGAGGGCGCCUGCGACAAAUGUAUACCAGGAUCAAAUGAAGUUGCUUACAGACGUAGCACGGGAUAUUUGGACGUGCACCUCCGGAAUCCGAGAUAUGGUCCCAAGCGUAAGGCUUUCGGUGGUUAUUUACCAUGUCCUUGACCGCUUCAACUUGCGGUUCGGCAUUCAGCCAAGCCUUGAUCUACUCGCAGAUGCGCUUGAAGAUCCUUCGAUGCAUCCCAUCAAAGUUGCCAAUGGUCUUCGCUGUAAAGCUUGCGCGAUGGGUUCUCAAAGCCACGCUCCUCCUUUUCCUUCUUCUUCCUCUCAGUCUGCAGAGAGGAAUUUCUCAGAUUUCCUUCUUCUCAUUGUUCAUUUCAAGUCUUUUCAUACGGAAAGGGUUGGUCCUUCCGGAACCUAUAAUGUUAGUCCUGGACCCCAGCUUGACUGGAGGAAGGACAUGAUUGAACUGCCUGACGAUGACAUGAUUUCUGCGCUGAUCCGAUCUCCCGGGAUGGAUGAUCAUAAGCUGCAUAUCAUCGCAGACGCUUUUCCUAUGCUCUUUCCUACUCCGUUGCCGCAUAUCGGCGUAAUUGAAGAUGAAGGGGGCCCACCAGCUGGCUUGCCGGCUGAAAACCCUUCUACGACACCUGCGUACCGCUCUAGGUUCGCAGAUGACCAGGAAAGCCGUCCUGGGUCCACUUCCGCACCUGCAGCCCGUGCGCCUCCACCGGGUGACGAGCGAGGCGAACCUUCAGGCAUAUCAUCCCGCGAAAACCGCUCGGUUGGCUACAGGGAACAUGAUCGGCAGCAUCCUGAUUAUGAGCCACAGCGACGGUCAAGGCCUCCACGCCAUUUUGACCGCAUGUAUAGCCCUCAUCCGGACGAUCCUGAAAUGCGGAUCUACUACGAUGAGCCACCGAGAUACUAUUACGCACAUGAGCCGGUUGAUCAUGGAUACCCUCCUCGUCGCGAGUCAUACAUGCCUCUGAGCCCUGCAGCUUCUCGGCGGUAUUCUCACUAUGGUCGAAUCUACGAGGAGACAUGGGACAGACCUCGGCGCGAGGGCAGAUACGCGGCUGAUCGUGACCUAGAUCCGCAGGACCGACUGCCCUCGAGAAGCGGCGGCCUUAGGUAUCUCAACCGACCGGAGCUCGCGGCAUCUACGCCAGUAGAUCCUCCGCCAGAGUCGGAACCAAGGCCGGAUGAGGAGACUGUAGUCAAACAAGAGCCGACGGAAGUUGAGGCUGCGGCAGACCGAUUCCUAGAAGACCUGGCCACGGGGGUUUCAAGCCGAGAACCGGAAAGACCUGAAGAUGGCACACGGGAACCUUCUCGCAUGCCUCCCGAUGCCCCGCCUCAUCCAGAUGAUUUGGAGAGGCAACGACCUCGGUAUCGAACUUCGAGAGGGCACAGCUAUGACGAAUAUGCCUAUCCUGAUGAUCCGCGUGCCCCUCAUUACUACGAACCGCGCGGCUCUCGUGACGAGGGGUACAUGCCCGCGCCACGCCCGGAGCCUCGUCGGUAUACGUACGCGCCCUCUCGCUACCGCCGCGUCCUGUACCGCGAAGACCCCUACUACGCGCAGACGCAGCGCCUCGUGCGCACGCGCAGCAGCCGCUACGGCCGCUACGAAGCCACACGCAAGCGGCUCGAGCAAAGCAAGAGUCCGACGCGCGAAAUGACGCGCGAGGCGUCGCGCAUGCCCGAAAGCGGGGGCAGAGAGGGCACGGCGGCGCCGGCGGAGCCAGACGGCCGGCCCAGCCAGCGCCCGGAGCCCCACGACGACGGCGCCGCCGCCAACGCUGCAGUAGCGGCUACCGCAACAGCUGACGCCACAGCGGCCUACCGCGAGCGGGACGAGCCGCCGCGCCGCCACUCGCGCUACCGCAGCGAAUCGCUGCAUUUCGCGCCACCGCCGCCGCUGAUGCCACCGGCGGGCCCGCCGCGCGAGCGCGACUACGUGCACUACGACGAGCAACACGCGCGCCAUCGCAGCCGCGAGGCAUACUCGCCGGGCCCACCACCACCGGGCUACGGCUACCACUAUGUCGAGGAGCGCGCGGGACCGCCGCCGCCGCCCCUGCCCCCGCACCAGUACCACCAGUACCACGCCUCGCACCACCACCACCACCACGCGCCGGGUCCGCCGCCCUCAACCCGUCACAGCUACAUCAACGAGUACGGCGAAGUAGUCGAGUACGUGCGGAUCCGGUCGCCAGCGCCCCCCUCGGCUGCCUCCGCCUCCGCGUACCACCACGCCCGCGCCGCCCCCUACGACGACUACCCCCCUUACGAGCCCUACCCGGCCACGUACGCGCUCCCUGAGCGCGGCCGCUCGCGCGACCACGACCGCGUCUACGAGCAGCCGUACGCGGACGCGUACGAGAUGGAGCCGAGGCUGGCGCCGCCGGGGCCGCCGGGGUUGGCGCCGGGUCCGUCGCCUGCCGGGGGGAGGUACGUCGAGUAUCUCCCUGCGUGGGAGCGGGAGGUGGUGCCGGAGGAGCGGGUCGUGUAUUAUGAGGAUGUGGCGAUGGGGGGUGUGGGGCGGAGGGGUAGGUAUGAGGACCGGGAGGUGGAGGGUAUGAGGGGACGGGAGAGGGAGAGGGAGAGGGAGAGUGUUCGGGAGAGCGUGAGGAGGGAUGGUGGGGAUGGGGAGAGGGAAAGAGAGAGGGAGGGCGAUGCUGCGACUGAGGGGGCGUAGUUGGUUGCUUGGGGUUGUGCUUGUGCUGUGCCUUGUGGGGGUUUCUAUUUUGGCAGUUUUGGGGGAGGGCUUUUCUUCUUUUUUCUUCGUCUUCUCUUUCUUUUUUCCACUUCCUCUUUUCUUCUUCUCUUCUUGGGCGAAGGUUGUUAUUGUGUGCUGUUGUUGUUUCUACCUAGGAUGCUCGUAGGAGGGGAUGGGAGGCUACUGUCGCUGCUGCCAUUGUUGCUGCUGCUGUUGCGGCUGUUCUAUACCACGUCACGUCACGUCACGUCACGUCUAUUGUAUGUCACGUUUACGUCUACGUUCCAUAUAUGGUUUCUCUGGUGCUGCUAACGUCCGUCACUGUCAAGCAAGAUUCACUGUCUAGCGAGAUAGGGGAUGGUAGAAGUAGUCUAAAUGGGAUAUUUAUUGUCAGGAUAUAAGCCUGGGUAUUGGAUAUGAGUGAGGAGAUCUUGGGGCGUGUAGGGUAGUAUAGAUAUCUUGAUGCUAUGCCAGG